UUGAGAUGAGGUUGUUAAUUGACUUUUUCUUUUUCAACCACCAUAACUUGAAACUGUGGAAAAAAAGCAGUAAAUAAUUUGCAUUUUAAAAUAGCGAGUUACAUUUAACCCUUUAUGCAUACCAGUAAACUCUAAACUUGCUGAUAUAACUGUUAAAAUAGCAAAUUGCACGUCAAGGACAAAAUUCCUUGAUGAAUGAAUUGAAAAUUGAGAUCCGUUUAAAAUGCUGCUUCCAUGAGUUCCGCCAAUGUGACGUCACAGCCGACUUUUUCCGAGGCACAAUGAAGAUUUUCUCUCCGGAGGGAACAAAGUCACCACGCAACUCAAGUAUGAAGUGAAACCGGCACAAGUAUUACAAACAAAGGCGCGGAUGAUUAAGGGGUGUUAGUAUGUGAGUGGAGCUUGUGAUGUCACAGCUCCCAGGCAGCCACGAUUGGACCCUAAUUAGAAAGCUGGCUGAGGAAUAGAUAGGCGUCACGCGUGUCCUGCUUGAUUGAAUCCACAGUAGCUGACGCCUAAAUUUCCACAGAGGCGGAGAGCACCGUGAAACCGCACUGGUGAUGCUGAGCGCAGAGAGAGCAGUCUCCUCCGCAAGCGGACUUCCAACCAGUGGGUUGUGAUAAUAGGAGGAGGGGCAAAUAAAGGUAGCGAAAGAGAAGAGUCCGGCCACAAGUCUCAAGUUCUUACGACGAGUCGUUCCAAAGGGCAGAUGGCGUCCGUACUUGGGAACAACAGCCGCGCGUCGGGGGCUCAAGGUGGCCAGGUUAAGUGCAAGCUGAAGAGGAGGAGGAGGAGGAGAUCCAAGCGAAAAGAGAAAAUCAGUAUGAUGUCGGCAUUGAUCAGUCCCUUCAAGUACAUUAGCCCUGGGACCAGCAGCACAGAAGACGAGGACAGUUUAAGUACCAGCAGUACAGAGGUGAAAGAGAACCGCAAUAUUGAUAACUUGGAGGAUCGCUCCUUGGCAUCCGUUGAGUGUCAAUCACUCUUCUGCUCUGAAUCGACAAGAAGUGGGAGUUCGAGUCUGAAGAGGAAACGGCCCCUGGAGGAAGACAACAACGGUCACCUUGGCCAACUCCGUCUGGUCUAUAAGAAAUUGUCCUGGUCUGAGGCACCAAAGAAUGCUUUGGUUCAGCUCAACGAGCUCCGACCAGGUCUUCAGUAUCGCAUGGUUUCACAAACGGGUCCAGUCCACGCUCCUGUUUUCUCUAUUGCUGUUGAGGUUAAUGGCUUGACCUUUGAAGGGACAGGUCCCACAAAGAAGAAGGCCAAGAUGAAGGCAGCAGAGCUGGCUCUUAAAUCUUUUAUUCAGUUUCCUAAUGCUCCUCAGGCCCACCUAGCCAUGGGAAACAUCUCAAACCCAUCAGCCGACUUCACCUCAGACCAAGCGGACUUCCCAGACACUCUUUUCAAAGAGUUUGAAUCUUCACCGUGCGCUGAUGGCCUCGCCCUUUGCAACUCAGAUGCAGAAAGUCAGCUAUUAUCAAGUGAGCUCCUGAGACAUGGACGCUUGCUUCGCCACACCUUGGACCUGAUGGUGCAGGCUCAGCAGAGGUUGGGCGGCAUUGUUCCAGAGCCUAACGUGCCCAAGAGUCCCGUGGUGCUGCUCAAUGAACUGCGUCCGGGUUUGCGCUACGCCUGUUUGUCUGAGCGUGCCGAGGGCCGGCGGCUGCGUAGCUUUGUGAUGGCAGUACGCGUGGAUGGACGGAUUUUUGAGGGCUGUGGUCGGAGUAAGAAGAUGGCCAAGACCCAGGCAGCCCAGUGUGCGCUUGAGGCCCUCUUUAAUAUCAGGACAGCCCCCGAAGGGAGAAUGGGUCUGAAAGCCAGCAGGAAGAUAUGCCCUCAUUUACCCCAGGACUUUGCCGAUUCAAUAUUCCACUUGGUGAGGGAGAAGUAUCGCUCGCUGCUGGGCGGCUGCAGUCCAGCUUACUCUCAACACAAAUCCCUGGCAGGCAUCGUAAUGACCCGAGGUCUGGACAUGAACUAUGCCCAGGUGGUGGCGCUGUCUACAGGAACCAAAUGUAUCAAUGGGGAGAAUCUGAGCGACCAGGGGCAAGUGGUUAAUGAUUGUCACGCUGAAGUGACCGUACGCAGAGCCCUGCUACGCUUUUUCUACUCUCAACUGGAGCUCUUCUUCAGUAAAAGGCCAGAAGACUGGGAAGAGUCUAUUUUUGUGCGGCACAAGCAGCGCAGCUACAGGUUACGGGACGGCGUCCACUUCCACAUGUACAUCAGCACCUCGCCGUGUGGGGACGGGAGACUCCACUCGCCCUACGAAAUUACUACAGACUUACCCAGCAGCAGACACCUCGUGAGGAAGCACCGUUGCCACCUGCGGACCAAAAUCGAAUCAGGCGAGGGAACGGUACCGGUGAGGUAUCGUGGGCCCGUCCAGACGUGGGACGGGGUCUUACAGGGAGAGCAGCUCAUCACCAUGUCCUGCACUGACAAAAUGACCAGGUGGAAUAUUCUUGGCCUGCAGGGUGCGUUGCUGAGCCACUUAAUGGAGCCUGUGUACCUUCAUAGCGUGACUGUGGGCAGCCUGCGCCACACGGGGCAUCUGAGCAGGGUCCUGAACCAACGGCAGGAACGACUGGGCCCUCUUCCCGCAGCGUACAGACGCAACCAACCGCUGCUCAGUGGGUUAAGCUGUGCCGAGUUUCAGCAUUCAGGGAAGGCCUUGUGCGUGAGCGUCAACUGGACGGCGGGCGACGCGCAGUUGGAGGUGGUGAACACCGCCACAGGACGGAGACGUGACUCAGGGAUGCCUUCACGCCUCUGCAAACACGAGCUGUUCACGCGCUGGAACAGACUUUACUGCAAGGUGGGGGUCCCCGCGUCCCGCCCACAUGACAGCCAGCUGACGUACUGCCAGGCCAAGAUGGCGGCGCGCCCUUACCAGACAGCCAAGCAGCAGUGGUUCAGGUCCCUGCAAGACGUAGGCCUGGGGACCUGGGUGAAGAAACCACCUGAGCAGGAACAGUUCCUGCUGUUGGACUAGAGUGUGUGCGUGAGUGUGUGCAUGUAGAUAAGUGUGAAUGUGUUGACCUUUAUUUUUUUUAGGGUAAGGCAGGGGCCGCGCUCUUUGCAAACAUACACACAAUGCAUAAUCGAGAGUGGAAAGCUGUCAUCGUUGUGUGUGUGUUUUGUUGUGAAUGUGCCACACACAUGCACUCCACCGGGUAAUGCAAACACCGGAAGGUCAACUGGACGUGCUGAAAGGAACAGGAAAUAAAAGGGAUUGAGGGUUUUUUUUUUUUUUUUUCUCAAGCCAACAUCUCCUUUAAACUCACACACGCACAAAUGUCAACACACCCUCCCGCACCCCCACCUCUCAGGUGUGGUGUCUGUCAUAGAAGGGUGGGGUAACCUUGAGUUAAAUGAAAGGCAGCCGCUAUCUUGUCAUCAGCUAUUUCCGGGCCCCAAGGCUCCCGCUGAGGAGCAGAGCCGAGGGAGAGAGAGAGAAAAAGAGGAAAGAAGAGAGAGAGAGGGAGGGAGGGAUGAGGACCACAUCCAAUUACUGGCCCUGUCAUGGUGACGGGUGAUAGAGGAAGAGAAAGGGAUGGGUGGAGGGAGUGAGACAAAAAGAAGGUAGAGACACAAUUCAAUGGCAUCUCAACCGACCCAUCCUCACCUUUUUCUACGGUUGCCCUCCUCUGACUUCGCCCAUUUUCUCGCCACUUCCUUUGUCUCCGUCACUACCCCCCCCCCCCUUCCUCACCCCCAGCCCAGCUCCUUGUCAAUCUUCCGCCGCAGCCUUGCUUUUUGAGCGCAGCACAGUUUAACACGACACGACGACAGGUUAAUACACCCCGCUGGGUCGGGGAGGAGACGAGGUACACGGCGAGCGCGGCCAUUACCGCUUCCUCAAGUGCGAGUGCGGGUGACGAUGGAGGGAGUGACUCUUCCGUUCGCCGCUUUCGUGCUAAAUAUGGUUUUUGUGCCCUGACCUGGAUCCACAUCUCAAUACUGCACAUCACUUUUUGAACACAAAGGCCUUUUUGACCUUAUUCUCUACAGUGAUGAUCAUCAUGUUCUAAUGAUGAGCAAGAUUAUGCUUAUAUCAUAGAUUUGUAUUGUUUUAUUUAAGAGGACAAGUACUCUUCUUAAGGAAUAUGUAUCCAAAAUUUGAAAAAAUCUUGACUUUAAACAAAAAUAGGUGCAAUGAGAUGCCACAAAAGAUCCUUUUUUUGGGGGGGUCAUUUUAUAUUUACAUUUUCCUUUGCUUGCAAUUCCCCUCCCCCCCCCCCCCCCCAAAAAAAAAAAAGAUUGAUUGCCAAAAAGUGCCACACAGUGGCAGCAGAGCGCUACUUCUCUAUUGGACAGGGAUACACCCUGCCUAAAUGCCAAAAGAUGGCACCAGAGAAAUAUUUAUUUCUCUAGUGUAAUAUUUUUGUCAUAAUUUUAGUCGGGGUCUUGGUCUGAGCAGAAAAACAGCAAAUAUGUGAGUUUUCCAAUAAAUAAUGGAGGAUAGGUAAGUUAGGUAAAGCACUACUCUUGUUUAAAGUCCUCAACUCGCUUCAACAUAGUUCCCUUGCACCAAGAUGGCAGCAAAGCACUACUUUAGUCUAAAUCACAGGUGUCAAACUCAAGGCCCAGGGGCCAGAUCUGGUCAUUUGUUUAAUUCUUAUGAUACUUGCGAAAAUCUGUACUCAAAUUGUCGUGUAAUAAUAUCAAACCAACUAAUUCUUUGUUUUUACAGUAACUGAAUCCUUGACAUCUUAGUAUUUGUCAUGUAUAUGCAAUAAUGAGGCGGUUUCUAUGGUUACCCAGUCUAAAUGGCCCCCUGCAGGAAACUAACAAAAUUGAGUUUGACAUGCCUGGAAGCGCUCAAGUCACUUCAACAUAGGUACACAAGUUUUAGUAACGCCAAACAUUACUACAACCUAGUUCCUUGGAAAUGUGAUGGUCAAGUAUACCUUUAUAUUAAUAAUAAUAGUACAGUAAUAAUAAUACCUUUAUUGCUUUUUUGCCUGAGCACAGAAGCUAACUAAAUAAAUAAACUGGUCAUGAUCUUAUCAACCUAAAAGAUUAUGAAUAGUAUUAAAAAUCCAUUCAAAGCAGAAAGCACAUUUCUAAAAUUUUCCAAUCUUCACUGUAUAAUUUAAAAUUUCUGAAUUGAUUCCAACUAUUCUAAUUCUCCCCUUCCAAAUACUUCAACAGGUAUAUGAAAUUCCACAGCAUUUCAUUUUUUGGUUCAUUCUUCAAUUAUUCAUUGUUCAGUUAAUUUAACGUGGUUUUAUUUUUGGGGUGUAGGCGGAAGCUGAAAGUGGCAGUAAAAAUGAACAAUUUAAAAAUAAAAAAACAAGCAUAGGAGGAAAAUGCAAACUCCACACACACACCUACACGUGCCGCCCCAUUAUUAUUACCGAUUUAGAAAAUGCUCCCAAGUUUAUUUAGCAUUUUAAUUUGUUACCUGCUCCAUGCAGGUCGCUGUUAAUCUGCAUUACGGCUGUGCCGGCUGCACAUUGAUUGGGGAGACUGACAGCCAGCGGCGUGGCCCGGCCUGUAAAUAACACGGAAGCAGUGAGAGAGACGUCUUCUGGCAAUUCCAUGUUGGGCUUAUUUGACCUGUGUUCACCCCAGUCCCAAGGGGCACGCACACGCCUUCAUUAUUGAAGAAUAUCAAGUCAAGGUGUGAACAAACAGAUACAGUAAAUGCAUCACAUUCACACCAAGACUUUGAAAAGCAGCCACGCGUGGUGGCAAUGUAAUAAUCUAAAGAGAUCCCAUUAAAAAAAAAUGAAUAAUCUGCCUUUACCAUGGUAACCAUGCCCAGUUUUGGGGAAAAUUGGCACUGUCAGUGAAGUAUUCACUUAACAUUCAUGAGGUUUUAGUUUGUUUCUGCACGUGGUUCUGGUGUUGUGGCGAGUUGAUGCAUGUAAUAAAUAUAAUUUUCCCCUGAUGGUGACAAAUAAACUGCCACACCUUAA